CUGCUUGCUUCACCUCGCCGCCGGCCACGCGCAGCAGGCGCAGUAGCCAUCAGCCAAUCCGCCCGAGCUCUUGCAGCCAGCCCAACACAACACAACACGGCCGCCUCCUUUCGUUUUCCCAAGCCAGCCUGCAUUUGACCACCAAUGGCCCCUCUCCUCUGGCUUAAAUAUGCCUCCUCCCAUGGACCAAUCCCACGACAAUACUCGUCUUCAUAGUCUACACCCCGAGCUCCACGUUAACCUCAGCGAGCGAGCGACACAGCAUUGCCCUGACGCAAUGGUAGACCUCCCGCCAUCAACCGGUUUCCCGGACCUGCGGGCGGCCGCGCCGUACCUGGCGGCGGCGGUGGCGCUCUACUUCCUGCUCGAGCAGCUGUCCUACCUCCGCAAGAAGGGCCCUCUACCAGGCCCGUCCCUCGUCGUCCCGUUCCUCGGCAGCGUCGCGCACAUGGUCCGCGACCCGGCCGGGUUCUGGGACGCGCAGGCGGCGCGCGCCAGGGAGUCCGGCUCCGGCCUCGCCGCCGACUUCCUCAUCGGCCGCUUCGUCGUCUUCAUCCGCGACUCGGAGCUCUCCCACCGCGUCUUCGCCAACGUGCGCCCCGACGCCUUCCACCUCAUCGGCCACCCCUUCGGCAAGCGCCUCUUCGGCGACCACAACCUCAUCUACAUGUUCGGCGACGACCACAAGGACCUGCGCCGCAGGAUCGCGCCAAACUUCACGCCCCGCGCGCUCUCCACCUACGCGCACCUCCAGCAGCGGGUCAUCCUCGCCCACCUCCGCCGCUGGCUCGACGACCAGGCCGCCGCCGCCGACAGCGAGCCCAUGCCGCUGCGUGUGCCCUGCCGCGACAUGAACCUCGAGACAUCCCAGACGGUCUUCGUCGGGCCAUACCUCUCCGAGAAGGCCCGGGAGCGCUUCGCCAAGGACUACGCGCUCUUCAACGUCGGCCUCAUGGCCAUGCCCGUCGACCUGCCGGGCUUCGCCUUCCGCCGCGCCAGGCUCGCCGUGGCCCGCCUCGUGCGCACGCUCGGGGACUGCGCGCGCCAGAGCAAGGCGCGCAUGCGCGCCGGCGCCGACCCCGAGUGCCUCGUCGACUACUGGAUGCAGGACACGGUGCGCGAGACGGACGAGGCCGCCACGGCGGGGAGGCCCCCGCCCGCGCACACCGACGACGAGGAGCUCGGGGGUUUCUUGUUCGACUUCCUCUUCGCCGCGCAGGACGCGUCCACGUCAUCCCUCUGCUGGGCGGUCUCCGCGCUCGAGUCCCACCCGGACGUGCUCGCGCGCGUGCGCGCCGAGGUGGCGGCCGUCUGGUCGCCCGAGUCCGGCGAGCCCAUCACCGCCGAGAAGAUCCAGGGGAUGAGGUACACGCAGGCGGUGGCGCGCGAGGUGGUCCGGUACCGGCCGCCGGCGACGCUGGUGCCGCACAUCGCCGGCGAGCCGUUCCAGCUCACGGAGUGGUACACGGUGCCCAAGGGCGCCAUCGUGUUCCCGUCCGUCUACGAGUCCUCCUUCCAGGGCUUCCCGGCGCCCGACGCCUUCGACCCGGACCGCUUCUUCUCCGACGCGCGCAGGGAGGACGUCGCGUUCAAGCGCAACUUCCUGGCAUUCGGCGCCGGCGCGCACCAGUGCGUCGGCCAGCGCUACGCCCUCAACCACGUCGUGCUCUUCCUCACGCUCUUCGUCUCCGUCGCCGACUUCAAGCGGAACACGACGGACGGAUGCGACGACCCCGUGUACAUGCCCACCAUCGUCCCCAGGGACGGCUGCUCCGUCUACCUCAAGCAACGCUGCGCAAGCUUCCCAGCCUUCUGAAGUCGUCUGAGCUGGUCGUCCUUGUCCCAUUAUUCCGUCCUCCUCAUUUGUCUCUCUCUGCUUCUUUCCUUCAUCUGGUCGUGUACGUCGAGUGAUGAUCUGUUGAGUAGGACCCGGUGUUUCUUGUGUUAGUUUAUUCCAUUGGACCAUUCAUCAAAUUAUUUCAUUUGUCA